UCCGCAUGUCCCCGCCCAGACGUGCGCCGUGCCUCCUCCCAGCCCCGCCCUCUGCGCUGACGUCACGGCGGACAAGAUGGCGGCGGUCUGGCUCCGCUCUCUAGCCUCGCUUGGGCUGCGCGCGCCGUAGUGGGGGGAGGGGAGAAGGCCGAGCAGGCCAUGGAAGGCUCCUUUGUCCAGCACAGCGUGCGAGUUCUGCAGGAACUGAACAAGCAGCGGGAGAGCGGGCAGUACUGUGACGCCACCCUGGCAGUGGGCAGCCUGGUGUUCAAGGCGCACUGGAGCGUCCUGGCGUGCUGCAGCUCCUUCUUCCAGAGCAUGUAUGACGGGUGUUCCAGCCGUGUCAUCCUGCCGGAGACCUUUGUGGAGAUCUUCGCGCUCCUCCUCGACUUCUUCUACACGGGGCACCUGGCGGUCACCCCAGAGAACUGGGAGACCCUCCUGGCUGCCGCCAAGGAGCUCUGUGUCCCUGAAGCGGUCCGGUUGUGCCAGGAGUUCAAGCCCAAGCGCCCAGAGAGCAGUGGCCAGAAUGGCCAGCUUCCGCACGACAAAGGCCUCGGCGGGCCUGCCAAGCAGCUCCCGGAUGCGCCCGGGGAGCCACCGCCGGCCCCCCAGGCCGUGCCCGAAAGUGUCUCGGCCCAGGAAGCCAGCCCCGGCCCCUGCCCCCGGGGGCAAGGGGGCAAAGCGGGCCAGGGGCAGAGAGAGAGACCCUGCCUCCUCCGGGGAAGGUUGAAAAGGGCUCCCAAAAGCCAUGCCCUGAGCGAUGCAGGUGAAGUAAAGAGCGCCCCGGAAUGGAGAGAACUAAAAAGGCCACUGAAAAGAGGAGCCACCGAGGACGCGGGCGCCAGGCACGAGCAGGACACAGAGGCGGUUCUGGGGUCCAGUAACCCCUCCGCCAAAGAGGACGCCGAAGUCAAGGGCCAGGAGGACACUGAUGAGGAUUACAUUCCGGGGAAGAAGAACCUGAGGACCAAAAGGAGAGCUCAUUUGACCCCAAAGCCCAGCAGCUCCGAGACCGCAGGGAAUGGUGACCUGGAGACCGCAGCGCUCGCCAGCCGCAGAGGCGCCAGUGAGCCCGUGGAGUGCCCCACCUGCCACAAGUCCUUCCUCAGCAAGUAUUACCUGAAAGUGCAUAACAGGAAACACACCGGUGAGAAGCCCUUUGAGUGCUCCAAGUGUGGGAAGUGCUACUUCCGGAAGGAAAACCUGCUGGAGCACGAGGCGAGGAACUGCAUGAACCGCUCCGAGCAGGCAUUCACAUGUUCUGUCUGCCAAGAGGUGUUUAAGAGGCGGAUGGAGCUGCGGAUGCACAUGGUGUCCCACACGGGAGAGAUGCCCUACAAGUGCUCUUCGUGCGUCCAGCAGUUCAUGCAGAAGAAGGACCUGCAAAGCCAUUUGAUCAAGCUCCACGGGGCCCCCAAGCCCCACGCGUGCUCCGCCUGCUCCAAGUGCUUCCUCUCCCGGACGGAGCUGCGCCUCCACGAGGCCUUCAAGCACCGCGGGGAGAAGCUGUUUGUCUGCGAGGAGUGUGGCCACCGAGCCUCCAGCCGCAACGGGCUGCAGAUGCACAUCAAGGCCAAGCACAGGAACGAGCGGCCCUACGUGUGCGAGUUCUGCCACCACGCCUUCACCCAGAAGGCCAACCUCAACAUGCACCUCCGGACCCACACGGGAGAGAAGCCCUUCCAGUGCCAUCUCUGCGGCAAGACCUUCCGCACGCAAGCAAGCCUCGAUAAGCACAACCGGACCCACACGGGCGAGCGGCCUUUCAGCUGCGAGUUCUGCGACCAGAGGUUCACGGAGAAGGGCCCGCUGCUGCGACACAUCGCCAGCCGGCACCAGGAGGGGAGGCCCCACUUCUGCCAGAUCUGUGGGAAAACCUUCAAAGCGGUGGAGCAGCUGCGGGUCCAUGUCCGCAGGCACAAAGGAGUGCGGAAGUUCGAAUGCACGGAGUGCGGCUACAAGUUCACGCGGCAGGCCCAUUUGAGGCGCCACAUGGAGAUCCACGACCGGGUGGAGAACUACAACCCCCGCCAGCGCAAGCUGCGGAACCUGAUCAUCGAGGACGAGAAGGCGGUGGUGGUGGCCCUGCAGUCGCCCCAGGUCCUCGAGGUGGACUCGGCGGAAGUCAUUGUGGAGUCGCUGGGCCAGCCGGAGCUGCCUGGGCCCAGACUCUGCUCCAACGAGAACUUUGCCCCCACGGAGGUCCUUGGACAUUCGCUCAUCAUCACCAUCCCAGAGGACUGUGAAACGUAGCCGCCUCCUCCCCCCUGUCAAGCCCCUUCCCCAAUAAAGGCAGGUGGUCUCCCUC